AUGGUUCCCACGAACUCGGGGGUUGGCACGGUCAAUUUGCCAUUCCACCGGACCGGGCAGAGUUUUGGUCGUCGGCGGGCAUCCUGUCUGGUCGUCGGCGACAUCCAACCGGUGCCGAACGGCUCGCCGUGCGUUGGGUUAUUCGAGGAGAAAACCAGAGCCAACGACGCGUCGAAGGGCGCACCCACUCCCGACCGACCUCGCGAUGCAUCGUCAUCGUGGUCGAAAGCGCACCAGGUAACCUCGUCGGCAGCCGGAAACCCAAAGACUCGGGCUCCUAUGUGA